GUUUUGUUCAAAUGUCACGAUAAACAAAAGGCUACCUCAAAUGUGUACUGCAUUGUCUCAAUCUUACUAGUGACUCGAAAUAAAAAUCAAACUAGAUAUAUUUAAAAAAUCAUGGCGAAUUACAUUGGUAUUAGUAAACACCAAGUCGGAGAUGAACGUACAAUCCCAUGUUCAUCAUUUAGGUGAGAGUGGUUAGCGAAGAUAUUUGCAAAUCAAGUCUGUUAUUUACCGAGUCCAAUAAUUUCCGUGUCAUGUUGCGAGCGAUCGUAUUAUCUUUUCUAUUGUAAAUGAUUUUCCUGUCUCAAACCGACGACAUUAAAUUCGUAAAAACAUACAACUAUCCGUAAUAUUUUAGCAGCAAACCUAUGAAAAUCCCAAGAUAAGACAUUAUCUGAGCUUUUAUAGCUAGGCUGAGGCAAAUCCAUAGUACAUCGACCGAGUUAUGGCAGGAUGAAUUGGGGAUGGAACCAGUAGAGAACUCUUCCUCAGACAGCCCUCUUGGGACUAGAAGCCUUUUUGAUUCACACCGUCUUGGUUGUUCUGUGUAUCCAAGUAGUGGCACAUCACAGGAACCAUUCUCCAUGUCAAGUGUGCCAAGUGCCUUUUCAGUGAUAAGCCAUGGCUUUCCCACAGCCAACAGAACUUCAGGACUGGAAUUUGGCGGCCUAGGCUCUCUUCGCAAUGAAUCCCUAGGGAACAGUAUCCCAUCUCCUAGUGCCACCUCUACAGCUUCACACACCCCCUUGAGUCCAUCAGAUUGGACUUUUGAUGCACCUCACCAACAUCUAGACCUUGUUACUUUUGGGGGUGCAUCAUGGUGGACACAUCCCCACAACGCUGUGCCAGGCUUGGGCCUUUCUGGUAGCAGCUUGGGACUGACUCCUCCAUCGUUUAGUAGCCUCAGCAAAGAUUCAACAGUGAAAAACUUUGAAUCAUUGUUCGGUGCAAAGAAUCAGAAACAUGCGAAUGAUUACAUAGGAUUACCUGCUCAAACACCUGCAUCCCCACCUUCUGCCACCAAGCCUUUCCCGUCAAGUGCACCAAGCAGUGAGAAGCGAGGUAGAGGACGCCCUCGCAAGUCAGACUCGCCAAGGCAUGCUGAUACAUCCCAGGAGAAUAGUCAGACAGACAUUGGAAGGAAAUCAGCAGAAGAAACGCUGUCAGUAGCAAAAGAAAAACAACUGCCAGAUGGCUCUCCAGCUGCAGAACCCGGCAGUGCAAGAGUCAAUGCCAACAGCUUAGCGAACGCAGCCUUUGAGCCAAGUGGUUCAGAGCAUAGCUUGGAGAAUAAAAAGGACGCAUCCAGCAGUAGUGAUAUUGACAUGGAAGAGGACGACGAAGACGAUGAUGAUGAUGAUACCACCACAGAUGAUCUGGAUGAGGCCAAUGAGUCGGAUAACUCCGACAUCAGUAGCAAUGACACGGAGGAUAGUGAUGAUGAAGAAGAGGAGAUGGAAACGAUAAUGAAGACCAAGAAAGAACUUGAACUUAAACAGAAAGAGCUGCUUGAGCAGGAGAAAAGGAUUAAGCAACAGCAAAGGGAAGCUAGGGAGCGAAAAAAGGAAAAGAUGCAGAAGGAGCAGCAGGUGAAAGCUAAACAAGUAAAUGAUGAACGAGAACGAGAGGAAGAACAAAAGAAGAAGGCUGAACAAUUAACGCUUCAAUUUGAACAGCAGAUCAAAGCCCAACAGCAGCAGUUGAAAAUACAGAAAAAGAUGGAAGCCGAGAAAAAGAAGAACCAGGAAGCUAAGCCAGUCAAAGUGGACAAGUCCAAAAUUCCGAAGCACAAAUCGACAACAGAGAAAAAUGUCUCGGAAGAUGCUCCAUUGAAUCUGUCAAAACGAUCCAGUAACUCUCCGUCACCUUUCACCUUACAUAAGGACAAUGAAGAGCUUGCGAAAUUUGUCUCUACCCAUGAGAAACUGAUUGCACGAACAACCAAACAAGCAGCGGAGAGAAUUAAAGUGGCUCUGAAAGCUAAGAUGGUGAAACCCGGAGCGAGGCAGAUUGCAAACGAGAUGAUGUCAAAAGCGACGGCACGACUUCGGGAGCAUGCAUCUAGCAAGAAAGCCGCCAAAGCGCAAAAUCCCUCUAAAAAAGAGAGUGAUAGUAGUGAUGAUGAUGAUGAUGAAAGCUUAGGAGAUAACAGUGGUGAUUCUGAUGGUGAUUCUGGCUCAGAUAUCGACACUGAUGGUGACGGUGACAGCGACAACGAUCACCUUGACACUGAUGCCUAUACACACGAUUCGGCCGACAGUGCUUACAAGUAUUACAAACGCAACAUGCCCUCCACAUCGAUGUACUAUGACCCGGGACCCAUUCCACAGAAACGACUUCGUGUCACUGAUGUGGAUGCUGUAAGCCAACCUUUACAGUAUGGAUUCCGUCGUCAGACGAUUAUCCGACAACUGGGUCCCGAGGAUCAGGUUAAAGGGGAGGUCAUCUAUUAUGGACCCUGUGGUAAGAAGUUACGCAACUAUCCAGAGGUUCUGCGUUACUUGAAAAGACGUCAGAUCACAUCUGUCGGCCGUGAGCACUUCAGCUUCAGUGCUAAGGUGAAGGUUGGAGAGUACCUGAACCCUAGACCAGAUGGCGGAAUGGGGAUUGUGUUUGAAAAACUGACUGCUGAGGAGUUAAAUCAGCGAUUGUAUAGUCCGCCCCCUUCGAGAUUUCGCAUUGGAAGGGUAGGUCACAAAGCUGCCGAAAAACGACGCAUUGCUCGUGAAUUAGCAAGACGGGCUGCCGAAGCCAAACUAAAGAAAAAGCUGGAGCAGGAAGAGAUGGCACGACGUGUGCAAGAAAGCAAGAUGAAACGUAAAUUAGAACGUCACCAACGUAACAGUGCCGUUCGCGAACAAAGGCGAUUGCAAGCUCUGCACAUGGCAGAAGAAAAAAGACGUCACAAGGAGAUGAUACGGUUGCACCGAGAACAGCAGAAAAUAAUGCGAAUGGAACAAUUACGUAUGGAACGGGAAAUGCGUGCUCAUCAGAUUUUUGAGGAACGGGAGUUACGACGUCAGCAAGCUGUACUGCUAAAACACCAGGAGCGUGAAAGACGGAAGCAGCAUAUGCUCUUAGUGAGGGCGCUAGAGGCAAGGAAAAAAGCUGAGCAAAAAGAACGAGUUAAAGAAGAAAAGAAAAAUGAAAAGAAAAUGUCAAGAGAAAGGAAAGUGCAAUUGAAGAGGAUGGAAUUACACAUGAUGAAGGAAUUAAAGAAACCUGUUGAUGAUUUGAAAGUAAUUGAUCCAAAGCUUCCCUUACCUGAGCUACCACGUAUACCUGGCGUAAAGUUACCUGGACAGGCUUUUGCUGAUUGUAUCAUGAUUGUGGAAUUUAUGCACAACUUUGGUGAAUCGCUUGGAUUAGACUUAGAUGAUGAUGUACCAUCCUUGAAUGCCCUACAGGAAGGGUUAUUGAAUAAUGAUGAUUACAACACAGACUUGUUGCGCUUCACUGUACGCCUUCUACGACUGGCGUAUGAAGAUCCUGGACUUCCGGAUGAUCCAAUCAGGCCCAAAACAGCUUGGGGUGAAAAUAUACUCAAGGUGGACAUCAACAAGAAAACAAUGUCAGAGAUGCUGAGGCUACUCCUCAUCAACGUCCAUGGGAAGGAGGAUGAGUUAUCAAAUGCACUCAAAUACCUACCAUUCAAAGCCCUUAUUGCUAGCCAGAAGGCAGCCAUCUUGGGUUUCCUUGUCAACCAGUUGGUGUGCAGUAAGUCAGUGGUUCAGCAGAUAGAUGAAAGCAUUGAGGAUAUGUCAGGUCUAAGGAAAGACAAAUGGGUAGUGGAAGGAAAACUUCGCAAGCUGAGGGCACAACAAGUGAAGAAGAACAGCAAGUCUGCAAUGAAACCAGUUGUUGAGAAUGGCACCAGUCAGUCUGGACAGAACACACCUGAUCCAACUAGCUCAAAGAGCAAGCAGGAUGAUGAUGAGGAAGAUGACGAUGAGAAGGACGAAGAAGAGGAUGAUGUGCCACCAGAAGAUGUGGAAGAAGCUGCUGUAGAAGAGGAGGAUGAUGGCAUGACAUCUGAAGAACUUCAGAAAAAGAUUGACAGAUUAGAGAAGCAACAUGGACAGUUCAAGUGUAAAGUAUUCAACAAGUCACAUUCCCUACGAGCCGUCUGCUACGGACAGGACCGCUACAGACGGCGUUACUUUGUCUUACCACAUGCAGGAGGUGUGUUUGUAGAAGGAAUGGAAAGUUCAGAACUACCCGACGAAACUGUAAAUACAGUUGUGCAGGUGAAAGAAGAACAAAAUGAUAUGGACAUAAAGAAAGAGGAAGAAACAGAAGUGAAGAUGGAAGGAAUUGAUGAGGAAUCUAGCAAGAAUGUUGAAAAUGAGAAAGAACAGGUGAAACAGGAAAUGGAUAUUGAGAUGAAAGAGGAUGUGAAUGAUGAAGUGAAGGAAGAAACAAAGGAAGAUAAUAAUAUUGUGCAUAAGGAAACAGAUAUGUUGAUAAAUGAUGAUAAAAACAUGAAAAUAGAUAAUGAAGAAUUGAAUGAUGUUACUAGUAAGGUUGCAGAAGACGCAAAAAUGGAACAGGAAGUUGUAACAAAACCAAAGGACGAACCUAACAUUGUAGAGAAUGGAUUCGCAGAAAAUGGUGCUGCAAAACCACCAAUUGACGCAGACACGCUAUUACCCAAAGCUGCCGAACAAUCUAAACUUUGCGACUUACUUAAUGUACCAAAGAUGAUUGAGGAAACAUUACGUAAAGAAUUGUGCGAAAAUGUUGAGUGUAAAGACAAAGAUGGUAAAACAAUAAUACCCACAAAAUCACAGGAAAAGGAAUCUGUAGAGGGCAGCAAAGACUCACCAAAUAAGUCUUCUAAAUUAGAAAUGAAUGGAGGUUUAUUGUCUUAUGGUGCUCUAAGUCAACAGGACAAUCCUUUACUUAUACCUUACCCAGUAGUAUCUGGUAGUCCAGGCUUUCCCACUGGGCUUGAUGGCAAUGUGAAUGGUUCCACUAACCCAUGGUUUAGUUUACUACCGCGUAUCCCAUGUGACGAAGCCUCACUGGCCAACCUCCAUGUUUCCGACUCGUCUACCUCAAACACCUUGAAACAAUCCUCUUUACCGAUGUUUAAUUUACCCCCAUACAGUAUUUAUCAACUUCCGUUUCCCAUCAUGCCUAUGCAGCCAAUGAACUCAUUCCUAAAUCCGUACAGUUUCCCCGGCCUCACGGCUAUGCAGAUGCAUCCAUUCAUGGGCCUACAGGGCAUGAGUCCAACCAUGAUGGAUACCCAAGCCCAAGCGUUGUGCAGUGGAUUUAAUAGCCAGAGGUCAACCCCUUGUGAUGAUAAUGCUAGCGAUGAUUUUGCUGCAGAGGAUGCAGCCAUUGCCAACAUGCAGAAGCUUUUGGAUGAGAGAGAAGCAGCUCCUUUGGUAGCUGUUCCCGAUGAGCUACGAAAUGGUUGGUUCCACAUUGCGGAGCCAACUAUGAUCCAGUCGGUGAUCAAGAAUCUUAACCAGCGUGGCAUACGUGAACGCAUCAUGCAGAAGAACUUCCAAAAGUUAUCGGAUUACGCCUACAAAGCAACCACAAAGACUGAUAAACAUAUUGAGAGUCUUGAAUGCAAGGAGGAUAAUCCAGCUGAGAUGGUUGGUGGGGCACCGGUUCCAGAGUCCAAAGAUAAAUGGUCAAGAAAAAUCUUGUUUGCCGUGCAACGUGGUCUCAUCCAGUCUGUCGAAACUCUAGAAGAGAAGAUUUACUCAGCGAGUAUGCAAGUUAAGGGGUGGACACUCCCAGAGAAGAUAUCGAACCAGAAGUGUAUUUCAUCCCGGGAGCAAGCUGAGCUGAGUAAUUCUAACCUCUUGGAGAUAGCUAAGAAUAGACUCUUGGAGCUUGAGAAAUCUGUUGAGAGACGAUACAUCAAGCCACCACUUAGUAGAAAUCAACCUGUGAGUCUACUAUGUGUGAAAAGUACGACAUCUGUGUCACAAAGAACAUAUGAUGACGAAGAUGAUGUCUGUCCGGCUCUUCAGAAGUGGCGCACGGCCGUUGGUAAUUGUACUGCCCCCUCGCAAGUUCAUGUCUGUAUCCGAACCUUAGAAAAAUGCAUUGCCUGGGAAAAAUCCAUAAUGAAAGUGUUUUGUCAGCUGUGUAGAAAUGGCGAUAACGAAGCGUUACUACUGAUAUGCGAUGGAUGUGACAAAGGCUUCCACACGUAUUGUGUUGUUCCAGAGAUGGAAACUAUCCCAGAGGGAAACUGGUACUGCAUGGAAUGUAUUUCCAAGGCCACAGGUAAACCAGGCGUAUGCAGUGAUUGUCAAAAGACAGGCAAGUUGAUUAAGUGUGACAAGUGUCCCCGUUCAUACCACGCUGACUGUCUUGACCCACCCCUCACCAAGUUUCCAAGAGGUAAAUGGUUAUGUCCUCCAUGUAUCAAAGCCAAAGAUAAAGCUAAGAGCCAAAAGAGGAAAAGCAAAGGCAAAAAAGAAGACUCUGGACGCAACACACCAGUGGCGGACACACCAGAUAGUAAACAAAAAGCUGACACCAAACCAAAGUCUGAAGAAAAGUCAGAGAGACGGAAGAACAGCAAGAAGUUAAACCCUGUCAUGGCUCCAUGCAAGCAAUUAUUAACAGAGUUGGAGAAACACGAGAAAGCAGAACCAUUCCUAUAUCCAGUGGAUCUCAAACGAUUCCCAAUCUACAAGAAGGUGAUCAAACAGCCAAUGGAUUUACACACUAUUCGUACCAAGCUCAAGGAUGGACAGUAUUCCUGUCCUGUAGAAUUUGCUAUAGAUGUUCGAACGAUCUUCGACAAUUGCGAAACGUUUAAUGAAGAUGAUUCAGAUGUGGGCUUUGCUGGACACCAGUUGAGGUCCUACUUUGAGGCACGGUGGUCAGACAUUGAAAGGGACUUAUAGUAGCAAGGGUGACAAACUCCCCACGUUCAAAUAAAAAAAAAAAAAACAUGUUUGUUCCAUUCAGAUAAUUCUUGGAGAAUAACACCAAAUUUUAAUACAGUAGUGAAUUAUGUUCAUCAACACCUUUUUAUGUUUCUUCUAGUUUCUAAACAGUCUCUUCCAAGAUAGUUACAGGAGUCUUAAAAACCAAGUUUUUGUAAGUUAGUAAUACAGAAAAUAUGUUAGAAUUUGGUUUAAGCAGAAUGUAAGCUUUUGAAUUAUCAUGGCCUGCUGAAGACCGUCCCACAAUGUUGAGGGCGCUAUACAUAUUCAUAGCUGGUACCAAGUGAGCAGGCUUAUUAUAGUGUAUGACUACAGUAUUGUCCAAUGUUGCUGGCAUAACUUCUGUAUGAGAACCUGUCUAUUUAUUGGGUAUACCCAUACCUGAUUUCUCACAUAUCAGUAUAUUUUUAAGUUUUCUUCUACACCCAUACACUGUUGACUACCUUAACAGAUUUUAUGUUUUAUAGUACUGGUUUUUGCCAUUUCUUUAUUCUUUUUAUAUAUGUAAUCUGAAAAUCACCUUUAGUGGCCAGUAACAUCCCUACUACCACCCAUUCAUGAAUAACCACAACUAUUAUCAUUAUCAUCAUCAUCACCAUCAUCAUUAUUAAUCACCAUCAUCAUCAUUAAUCACCAUCAUCAUCAUUAAUCACCAUCAUUUUCAUCACCACCAUCAUCAUCAUUGUCAUCUUCAUCAUCUUGUUCCUGAAUUCUUAGAGUUCUUGGUAAUGCCUUUUACAACAUGAUGAUUUAUAUUGAGUUAAUUUAUCAUUUUAUUUUACUACCAAAAUUAAUUCACAAUCUGGUAAAACAGUUUAGAAUGUUAACUUUUAUAUGCCUUGAUUAAAAAAAAUUUAUUGAUAAAAAGUAGUGGUCACAACAUUGGAUGGGAUUAAAAGGAAAAGGGGAAUGAAGCUUACUUAAGGAAAAAAAUAUAGAGAUGAAAUGAUUCUUGAUGAUCAAAAAUGGUAGAGAAGGCAUCAUGAUAAUGGCUUGCGUCUUGCGAAACGUAAACAAAAAGGAUUCUUGAAAGAUGUUAUCAAUAUUGUAAAGAAUGUAUAAAGAUCAUGGAAAGGAUUAAUUGUAGCUAAAGAUGUGCAUGUUAUAGAUAGGUAGAGUUUUAGAUUGAAAGAUAAAGACAAGAAAUUUGAACAAAGGUAUAAAGAUAGGUAUGAAGGUCAAGUCUGUCCUUAUUAGUUAUGGAGGGCAAUUUGUGUCCUUAAUUAGUAUGGAGGGCAGUUUGUGCCUUUAUUUAGGUCAGAAUUAGAAUUAUAGAGUAAUUACACUUUGUUAUUUUUGUCUUGAUCACUUUUUUUUUUUUUAUUAAUCUUUGUUAUUUUUGUCAUGAUCACUUUUUUUUAAUUAAUCUUAUCUGAGAGGAUGGUUUUUAAAACCAACCAAAAUCUUGAUGUAUUUCUCAUCAUUUUAUGAUUUAGUUUGGUGGAAAAAUAUGAAAAAAUGUAAGAAAAUAUGCCAUGCUGACCAAUGAAAAGUUGUGUAAAGAGAAAGCGAAAACCAAAAGUUAUAAUUAAAUUUAUAACAAAAAACUUGUAAUUAUUAUAAUCAUAAUGAUAAUUACAUUUAAACAAAUAUUUGCAUUCAAUGGAAUUCAAAAUUUGUUACUGUGUAUUUUUUCUAAGAAAAGUAUUUAUAUGAUGAUUUCCCCAAAAUUUUUCCAUCCAGUUUUAUUGUUGAUGUCUUAUGUGUGGAUAAUGGAUACAAUUGGAAAGUUAUACUUGGGUGAUUUUAUGCAGAUUUUGCACAAAAUCUAGAAUUUAUUCCUCUGCUUGAAAAAACUUAGGGGAAAAUCUUGUUUUAACAUGUGUUUGUCCGUUUCUGUACCCCUACUGCAAGAAUGAAUUCCUAGAUAAUCUGAUUGGUUUUCUAUUUGAAGAUAGGCGUACAACGGUCAUAAAAAAUGCUGCAAUAUCUAUCGAAUUACAAUUUUUCUUGACUAAGUUAAUGUAUAUUUGCCAGGAAUAUAAGAACCAAAUACAGUGAUGAUGAAAUCAAUCUAUAAAGUAAUAUUUAAAUCAAAAUACUUGUUUAAGGAAAUUAUCGUUUUCCAUGUUGAUUAAUAUGUUAAAUAAUAUCUAUUAUGUAUUCUAUGGUGGCCACCAACUGUCUAUAGUAACCAUGGAUAGUAUGCAUAUUAUGUCUAGGAUGUAUAGUAACCAUGGACACUGUACAUGUCGUUACUAUGGUUAUAUUAUAUAUCUUAAUAAUAGGAUUAUGGCUGUAUAAUAUGUGGCGGAGUUGUGUGAAACAUGCCCUCACAGACCUUAAUACAGUAGUAACAAUGUGUAUUGCUAGAUGAUUGAGGUUUGGUGGAAGUGAUGAUGCUUGUUUCUUUGGGUGGGGUGGGGGCUGUCUCGUUCGAGUAUGGGGUCAUGUUAUGUUAUGUGUUGUGCAAAAUAAUGCACUAGGAUUAAUACAGUAUAAUACACAUGCCAUUCCCAAACCAAUCAGUUGAUCCCUCAAACCAAUCAAUGCAUUAAUAAUCAGCAGAUAUUUACAAUCUGUUCUUUCAAAAAUUUGCUACUCACAAUCAUGGUGUAACAUUGUCAAUGAAUGAUUUUUUUUAAAUAGGCUCGAUAUAGGUGCAUUAUACAAAAUCCUAUUUUAUCACGCAUGACGAACAAGAAGUGCAUUCAAAGACAAAAAUGUACACGAACGCUAUGUUAUAGACCUAAAUGGAUUUGUUCUUCAUGUGCGUGGAUUUCUCGUAAACGUCUGGGAUGAGAUUGUUCUUAAAAUUGUUUUGUAUUUUUGCCUCCAAUUUAUUGAUGUAUUUGUCGUCUUACAUCUCUUGAAGUUAUUAUUACAUGUUUUGUUUUUUAAACCUUUUAUUCUGUUUGUAGUUUUCCAGACAUCCUUGUGUCGAGGAUGUUCAUUUAUAGUGUCAUGUGACAGUACAGUCACAUGACCAAAGCAGGAGUUUGUCAGUUAUAGUACUCAUCAGUGUGCUUCUAUUCAAUUAAAUUAAGAAUUAAAUUAUAAAAAGAAUUAGAUUUCAAGAUGUCUUAAUCUUGAGCAGUAUUGUGUGCUUUUCGUAUUCUUUGUAUCUUUAAUAGUGUCUUGUAGAAAAUUGUGAAUAAAGUACUAAAAAUGUA